UUCGCUCUUGCGAUCAGCUACGUCUGAGAUGUACGUUCCAACGCUUGGUGUUCCGUGUUAGUGUUAAAAACGAAAAUGGCUUCCAAGUUCUUUGUGAGUUUAAUUUGUUGGGUGCAGUUUGUUAAUUUCUGAAUUGAGUUAGUUGAAUUUGUGUGUUAGUGAAAAUAAACUUGUAAAUACCGUCCUUAAUCAGUGCUCUUAAUGUUGAUUAGAAUAAAAACGGAAAACUUUUGUAAGCCAACGAAUAUACAUUCUAAUGUUAUUACCAUUUGAAACUGCAAAUUUUGUGAUAGAAAGAACCUGGUAGCCAAAAUGGGACGUUUGGACUUCUUAAUUUAUAUAUUUUUAUGUUUUACACUAAUCACUAGCCAGACAACGAAUAUACACGGAUUCAGUGAAAAUUCCGUUGAAUCAUUUUUGCUGCCACAAGCAAAAAGCGCAAACCUUAUAGCUGGCAAUCAUAAACCAAGAUUUGAUGAUUGUCAAAGUUACAAACCUUCAGUCAAAGAAGAACAGAGAGCGAACACAUUUGUCACCACCGUAAAAGCUUAUGAUGAAGAUCCUAAAGACGCAGGAGGAACGGUAACAUAUACUAUUGUUCACAGAGAAGGUGAACGUGUAUUAUUUGAAAUAAACAAUGCUACUGGAGCUCUAACUACCAUCCAACCUUUUGAUCGUGACGAACCAGUUAGACAAAAAGAACUUUACGUUACUGUACAAGCUACAGAUAAUGGUAGACCAACGCUUGCAGACGUCUGCACGUUUACAGUAACAAUCACUGAUAUUAAUGAUAAUGCCCCGCAGUUAGAUAAAGUGGAAUAUGACACGCAAGUUUCUGAAGAUUUAAAAAUCGGUAGUGAAGUAAUGCGUGUAUUUGCCUACGAUAUUGAUGAUGGGGAAAAUUCUCGACUAUCAUACAAUUUUUCUGAUCAUGAUAGACCUUUUACGCAAUAUUUCAGAAUAGAUAGAGAUACUGGUGUCGUCUACUUGAAGGAACCUUUGACAGAUAAAAAGAACACAAGAUUCACUAGUGUCGUUUAUGUUUCUGAUAACGGCAUCAAUGAUCAGGAAGGCCAAAAAUAUUCAAUGGCUAACAUCUCCAUAACAGUAGUAGGUUCUGAUAAACAACCUCCUAGAUUUACUCAUAGAACACCAGAUGGAAUUUUAGAGAUUGCUGAAAAUUUUAAUGAUUUUUCCAAACAUAUAGUUACUGUAGAAGCUGAAUCAAAUAUAAUGGACCCUCAGCUCGCGUUUGAGUUGGUCAAAGGUAAAACCUACCAAACGAAUAAGGAUCAGACAUUCCUCUUAGAAGCAGAAGGAAACAUAGCCCAUAUAAAGUUGGUUCGACCUCUAGAUUACGAAACUGUUACCGAAUAUACCUUAACAAUCCGUGUUAAAAACAAAGAUCUAAUGGAUUCCUCUAUUAAUAUACCCAUAAAAGUUCUCGAUGUAAACGAUGAAAUUCCCAAUUUUCUUGAGUUUCUUAAAGGAAGUGUGGUUGAAAACGAUACACCUGGUGCCCAAGCCAUCCAAGUUAGAGCCAUAGACAAGGAUGGUACCGCUGCCAAUAACAUUGUGAGCUACGAACUUGUCGAUAAUUUAGAUAAUUUCGCCAUUGAUAGAACGACCGGAGUAAUUACAUCUAGAAUCGCUUUCGAUCGUGAAAAUAUACCUCUUUACCACGUAAACGUCAAAGCCUAUGACAAUUCUCCAUCAGCUCUGUAUAACACUACAGAACCAAAUAUUGUUAUCCAAACAUUCCAAAUCAGCAUAGAAGAUCAGAACGACAAUAAACCUAGAUUUACCCAUCCUAUUUACAGAUUUAGUAAUAUAACUGAGCUAGCUGAUAAAUCGAGCAUCGUUGGAGAAGUUAAGGCUUUAGAUAACGAUACAGCCUCUCUGAUAACUUACAGUAUUACCUAUGGGAACAUCAACGACUCAUUUCUUAUUGAAAAUACCACUGGAAGAAUCAGGGUUAACGUACAGUUAGAUUAUGAGUUGAUAGAACAGUAUAAUUUGACUGUAAGAGCUUUUGAUGGCCUAUUUGAAGAUUUUGCUAUUGUAUACAUAUCAAUUUUGAACGAAAACGACGAACGACCGGUGUUCAAACCUUAUUUGAAGGACAUAGAAAUCAAAGAAGAGACUAUUGUAAGCGGAUGCAUUGUGGUUGUCGAAGCAUACGAUCCUGACAUCAAAGAUAGAAGCUCUGAUCAGCAUAUUGUCUACGAAGUCGCUAAAGAGCAAAAAGAUUUUCUGACUGUGGAUUCUCAAGGAUGCGUUUCGGUGACGAAGCCUCUUGACCGGGAUCCGCCGUUUGGUAGUCCGACGCGGCAAGUUUUUAUAUACGCUCGCGACAAUGAUGGCGGAACUAAUUCGUUAAUGGACUAUGCGGAAAUUGAAAUUCAUUUGAUCGAUAUCAAUGAUAACGCGCCAUUUUUGAACGUUACCGAAAUUGUUUGGUAUGAAAAUCAAAAUCCGGGAUUGAUAGGCAAUUUGAGCGCUGAUGAUUAUGAUGGUCCUGAAAACGGACCACCGUUUAUGUUUAGAUUGGCCGACACGGCUUCAAUUGAUAUUCAAAGUAAAUUCUCCAUCAGCCAAGGACAGUUAUUUGCUUUAGUUCCUUUUGACAGAGAGGAACAAAAGUUUUAUGAAAUACCGAUUAACAUUUCAGACAGUGGUUUUCCAGUACAAAGUGAUGUUAGUGUUUUAAGAGUGAUAAUCGGAGAUGUAAAUGACAACAAAGCUGAAGAUGGUAACAGCACCAUCUUUGUAUACAAAUAUGUUAACGGACUGGAUACCGACAUGGAGAUCGGUAGGGUAUUUGUUGAAGAUUUGGACGACUGGGAUUUGAACGACAAAGUUUUUGUUCAACUAGAUAACAUCGAUGAAUUCUCUCUCAACAAAUCUAAUAAAGGCAUGAUACUUAUGAGACCGACUACAACUGAAGGAGUUUACGUUGUUCGCUAUGAAGUAACUGAAACCCAUGAACCUACAAUUGAAACACAUACAGUCAAUGCUAUAGUCACAAUCACUGUUAAAGUCCUUCCUGAAGAAGCUGUGAUAAAAUCAGGCUCAAUUCGUAUGAGUGGUAUCACUAAAGAAGAAUUUGUGGAACGUUCUGAGAAUAAUUUGAGCAAGAAGGAUAUACUUCAAAGAGAAAUUGCUAAAAUCCUAAAUACAUCUGUAACAAAUGUGGAUGUAUUUACUGUUCUUAAUUCUCCUCACCAAAAUAGUUCUUAUCUCGACGUAAGAUUUUCUGCCCACGGAUCUCCAUAUUAUGCACCAGAAAAGCUUCAAAAUAAAGUUACUGAACAAGAAAGCGAGCUUGAACAAAUAUUGGGAGUCGACUUCCUAAUGAUAAACAUAAAUGAAUGCUUAAACGAAACUGUAUGUGGAGUAGAAAGUUCUUGUACCAACAGACUGAAUGUAACUCAAGAACCAGCUGUCGUUUUCACUAAUAGAACAUCAUUUGUUGGUGUAAACGCAUUCGUCGAUCCAGUUUGCAGUACUAUUCCAAGAGAAAUCUUUGAAUGUUUCAAUGGUGGCAUUCCAGUUGAAAACACAGCAUGCAACUGCCCAUCAGGAGGCGAAGGUCCUCAUUGUGAGAUACUUGCUGUUGGAUUUAGAGGAAACGGUUGGGCUAUGUACCCUUCAUUCGAUGCUUCAAACAGAACUGAAAUAGUUUUGCACAUUUUGGCUGAGACUGAUAAUGGGUUGAUAUUUUACAAUGGACCUCUUAAUGCCAGACAAAGUGCCUUAUCGAAAGAUUACAUAUCAUUAGAGCUUAGAAAUGGCUAUCCUUUACUUCAAAUAUGUACGGGUACCAGUACAAAAGAAAUAUACCUCAACAGUCACAUCAACAAGUUAAAUGAUGGUGCACUACAUAAGCUUAAAAUUGGUUCCGGUAUUGAUGACAUGUCUUUGGAAGUUGAUGACUGCGGAACUACAUGUUCGGUUUGGAUUAACAAAGACAGUAAAGGAGUAAUACGAGCUAACGGGCCACUCCAAAUCGGAGGAUUGAAAAACAGAUUUACCGAUCAAGAAUUUCAAUCGAUUUGGAAUCAUUUACCACCAACUUCAGUCGGAUUUUCUGGUUGUAUCAGAAAUUUGACUUACAACGAAUUUUACUACAAUCUUGGUGGGCCUUCUGAUAUGUACCAAGCAUACCCUGACUGUAAUUACGGUGUAAUGCAGGCUGUUACUUUUGGAAUCGACUCCAACUUCUUGGUUGCUAUACUUGUAUGUGUUGCAAUAUUGAUAAUACUUCUGUUGGCCGUUGUUGUGCACAGACGCAAACAAGACAACAUAAACGAGAAAGAGAUGGACGAUACUCGUGAAAAUAUAAUAAACUACGAAGAUGAGGGUGGUGGCGAAUGCGAUACCAACUACGACCUGUCAGUGUUCCGCCAGAAUCACAUUGUCGACGAAAAGCCGCUGAUGGAGGGCGCCGAUGUGCCUGCAGACAUAAGUGGCUUCCUUGAUAACAAGAAAGAUAACUGUGAUAAAGACCCCGAUAAUUUACCUUAUGAUGAUGUUCGCCAUUAUGCCUAUGAAGGAGAUGGAAAUAGCACCGGAUCUUUGUCUUCCUUAGCAUCUUGCACUGAUGAAGGAGAUCUGAAGUUCAAUUAUUUAUCUAGUUUCGGUCCCAGAUUCAGGAAGUUAGCUGACAUGUAUGGAGAGGAUCCGAGUGAUGAGGAUUCUCAUGAUGGUGGAGAAGAAUCUUGGUGCUAGAUUCCGUGACUCCUUUGAAACCAUAGAAAGCAAUUUCUAAUCUCUUUGUACUUAAAUCUUUUAUUUUGUUAACCAAAGAUUGACAAAUUUUUUUGGAUGGAACUGAACAAACUUGUACAUAUAUAUGACUAUGGUAGUCGUCUUUAGACUGACGCAUAGCUAAUGCUAUUUUAUUAUUUUCUUCAUUAAAUGUGACUGGCAGUUUGGUUUAGGAAUAAUUUACUAUGUCCAUCUUAUUUUGUUAGAACGCGUACUAUUUGAUGGAUGAUUUUUCUAAUGGCCUUCUGUCCCAAUACUACUGUGAUUUGAACAAAGUUAGAAUAAGUAACUUUCACAAUGUCAAUUGCCUUGUUUCAAUCCAUAAAUCAUAUACAUUUUUUUGAGUCAAAACAGUAUUUUAGGGAAUUUAAAAGGAAAUUUGUUUAAUUAAGCCGAAAAUAUUAAAAUAAAUGCUUGGUUUUAUGAAGUGAAACAAGAAACUAUUGAAAGACCGAAAUAUGCGAACAUAUUUAAACUAUGAAAAUUAUAUUUAUUAAACACUCUUUUGAGGCCUUGCUAAAAUUAGCCUUACACGUUAGGCACAAGUACCAAUAUUAGUGAAAAUGGUUCAGCAAUAAAAUCAAAACGAACCAUAUUUUUUAUACAUAUAUUUUUUUCUAUUUUGACUUUAGGUUUUUGUUAGUUCUGUUGUAGUGUAGUCUAAGCAUAGGUUAGGAUAUUUUGUAAUUAUUUCUAUGAAUUUCAACUUGAUCAAAACAAAUUUAUCGAAAAUUUUGAGACCUGUUGAGAGGUAUUUUGUGGGAAAAUGCGCGUUAGUACUUUUAGUUAAUAUAAAAUGGUCAAUAUUUUAUUUGCAAUGCGUUAUUGUUAUUAAACAAGUUGAAUAUUCUUUUAUUUCAUUUUCUUGACUAUUUAAUAUUUAUUUUGCAAUUAUUGAUGAAAAUUUGGAAAUUCACUUCAAAGUAAACCGGCAAACAGUUACUGCUCAAAUAACUAUAUCCGAUAACAAUCAUUUUCCUUAUUUUCAUUGACGAUUUUCGUAUUUAUGUCACAAAAUACAGUCUGUAGAGAUUAUAUUUUUGUGGGAAUAGUAUUUUUUAUUUAAAAGCGGGUGUCUAAAGUGGAACAAGGAAAUUACAUUUUUUUAUGAAUAUACCAAAUAUUUAGCAGAGAAUACAUUUACUUUUAAAGAUUGAUCAAUAGUUGAGUUUGCGACUUUAAAUUUAUUUCUUUAUCAUUUUUAGCAUGAUUUUCUAUGCAUUUAUCAAGUUUUUCCAAUUUUCGUAUUUUUAAAAUGUGUUUAGCUGAAAUUCUUUAAAUAUUAAAACAUAUUAAACAUUUUUUGUGUUAGAUCUUAAAGUGCCCAUCCGAUUUUUGAAAAAUUAGUCAUUUACCAGAUAAUAACGACAAACAACUAGUAGAUCAAUUCUUUCAUUCAUAAAUAAACACUUUUUACUUACAAGUAUUCAGUUACAGGAGAGGUAUAAAGAGAGUAACUUUGUUAAACUAGGCCCUUUCAGUGGUGCAGUUGGCAAUGUAUUUUUCUAUUUCUGUCUAUUCAGUAGCAUUGCUUUUGCAUACCGUUCUACUGGAGUCGGUAGUGCAAAAUUAACAUACUGUAUGUUUAUAAACAUGGAGAGUAAUGCCGCCAAGUCUUGUCAAUUUAUGUAGUUUAGUGAUUUAGAGCCUGAGUAAGAAAAGAUUGGUUUCAAUUUCAGGGCGCUUUGAUAUUCCUCAACUUGUGUCACUUUCACUAAAUGCCCGUAUUGAGUGGGGAUGGCGUUUACGGGCAUGGGUGUUCAUAAUGAGCCAGAGUACGACACUUGAUUUACGCUGCAAAAUAAAUGGCGUACUUUCCUGGAAAUGCCUUCAUAAUUGUCACAACUAGAAACACAUUAAACUGAUAACUGGUAUUAAUCAUUUAGUUUUAGAGCAUUUUGUUUAAGUAAAUUCCGAAUUACAACCACAAAAAAUGCUUGAACAUUAUUUCGCAAUUUGUAAUUUGCCUUUUGUAAACAGAAUAAUUCUAAUAGUUGUUUGUCGUUUAGCAAUUGGUAAUUUUUAUAAAAAAAUGGUAAUUUCUAUUUUGAACUGUAAUUGAAUAUUAGUAAGUUACUCUGACAAUAAAAUAAACCUAGAUUUUUUACAAGUGAAUAGUAAUUCGAAUAUUGUGUGCGUGCUUCUCUAUAGGCUGUUUUACGGUGCAAUUUUUUUUUUCCUAGUUAUACAUACAUAUUUUAUUUUUGUCCACUAAACAUAAUGGGUUGUGCUUAAACAGCUUUCUAGCAGAAAUUACUACUUAGAUGGAGAUAUAUAAUAAAGCUGUGAUUUGUAAGAUGUUAAACAGUUUAAAUAUACAAAUUACUUCAUAUAGAUAUUAGAAAAAUUUUAAUUAGAAAGAUAUAUUUCUUUAAUAACCUAAAUCUUGUACAUAAUAGAAAGGUGGAGCUAAAUAAUAUUAAUUUGCGAAAUGUUUCUGAAUAUAUUACGAAAUGCUACUCAUAAUUCUUGAGAAUUGUUCUUAAAACAUGGUUAGUUAAUGAAAUCGGUAUUUUAGGAUAAUAUAGGGAAUGUUUUCGAUAAACAUAGAUCAUAGUAUUAUACUACAGGUACAAGCAUGGCUCGAUUUUAGCUGUAAUGUAUUCAACACCUGCAGUGAUUCUGUUAAAAUCAGUUUAGUAGACUCAAUUCAAUUUCAGUUCCAACUGUAAAAAACUCGUUAUUUGGCAAAACAGUGGUUUCGUUAUUUGAAAAUUCUCGAAAGUAUUGGGUACUAUUUCGUAAAAUGUUGUUUUUCAAAUUUUAGAAUAAUUAAGUUAGUGUUGUUCCAAAACGAAAAGUAUUGGAAUUAUAAUAAAAAAAACAAUAACUCACAUUUUUACACAGUUGAACAAUUUAUUUACAUGUAAAACGAAGUAAAAUCUGUUUACUUGCUCACUUCUCUGACACUAAAGUCGUAAUGGCUCUAUUAAAGCUGUUACUUCGUUUAGUACUUUUUAAUUUUAGUAAAAUGUGAUACUUUAUAUAUGUUUGGGAAAAAUUGCAUUCAAACUCAUUCACGCUCGUGCCAAAUCAUUAAAAUAUAAGAUGUUAAAUGUAUACUUAAUACUAUUUUUGUAUGUUGAGGUAAUAUUUUUAAUAGUUAUGAGUGAACUAAGGCCGCUAUAAAACAUUUUGAUCUCCAUCUUAAGUUAGUGAAUUCUGUUUAGACAUUAUUGUACAAGUAAUAUUUUUUAAAGAACAUAUUUUAUAAAUGAAUCGUAUAUAUAUGAUGGCUUUUUUGUAUUUUAUUAUUGAACAUUCCUUAAUAAGUAUAUUCUUGUGAUUUAUAUGGCAGCCAUAGUUAAGAAACAUUGUUUUUGUUUUUUUUUUUGAUCUCAUUUGGAGAUAUUUCUAUUUAAAUUUUGGUCAUUCCUUUUCUUUGAAUCAGUAUUUUUAUCUCUGCGUUUAAAAUUAAUUUAUUACAUUCUUUUGCGGAUAAAGGUUUAGGUUACUGUUUAGAUCGCGAAUUAAUAAAAGUACUGAUUAAUUUAGUAACUCUUUAUAUUUAAUAAAGUAUUACAGCGUUUAAUCGUAAUCGUUUCAUUAAUGUGUUUUUAUUGGUCAAUAUAGUAAGUAACACUUAUUUUAUUUUUGAGAUGUGCCUUCAACUAAGCUGCAAUAAGCGAUAGCUUAGUAUUCUAGAAGUAGAAAUUUUGCUCACUGCCAUUUGUUAAAAAUGUAUAACAACAUCGAUUUUUAAAUAAACAUGGAACAAAACGUC